AUGCCUCUCCAGAACAAAAGCGACCACAACCCUGGGGCCAAAAAAGCUGCAUUUGGACACCACACUUCUGCACUUCGACCCCUGCACCUGAACAAGAAAGAGACGAAACUCGUCAGGAGAUCCACAACAAAGCAAGAAGGAGGAACCCGGUCAGAUGCCCUAAGCCUAGACCUCCUUCUGCUUCACCAAAUGUCCUUAUUGGCGCUAGCUCAAAGAAACGAAGAAUCUCUCAACUCCAUAAUUCCCCAAGAACCAAGAAAAGAUCUCUACCUGGUAGCUCGUCCAAGGGUUGCUCAAACCCAAAAUUGA